AUGGGGAGACUUGGCAUCUCCUGUCUUUUUCCUGCUUCCUGGCAUUUUAGCAUCUCUCCAGUGGGAUGUCCUCGAAUUUUGAAUACCAAUUUACGCCAAAUUGUUGUUAUUAGUAUUCUAGCUGCUGCUGUUUCACUUUUAUACUUUUCUGUUGUCAUAAUCCGAAAUAAAUAUGGGCGACUAUCCAGAGACAAAAAGUUUCAAAGGUACUUGGCACGAGUCACUGACAUUGAAGCUACAGACACCAAUAACCCCAAUGUGAACUAUGGUAUCGUGGUGGACUGUGGUAGCAGUGGGUCUCGAAUAUUUGUCUAUUGCUGGCCCAGGCAUAAUGGCAAUCCUCAUGACCUGUUGGAUAUCAGACAAAUGAGGGAUAAGAACCGAAAGCCAGUGGUUAUGAAAAUAAAACCAGGCAUUUCAGAAUUUGCUACCUCUCCAGAGAAAGCCAGUGAUUACAUUUCUCCGCUCCUGAACUUUGCUGCAGAGCAUGUGCCACGGGCAAAACACAAAGAAACCCCUCUCUACAUUCUUUGCACAGCUGGAAUGAGGGUCCUUCCUGAAAGCCAGCAGAAAGCCAUCCUGGAAGACCUUCUGACUGAUAUCCCCGUGCAUUAUGACUUUCUGUUUUCUGACUCUCAUGCAGAAGUAAUUUCAGGGAAACAGGAAGGUGUGUAUGCUUGGAUCGGCAUUAAUUUUGUCCUCGGACGAUUUGAGCACAUUGAAGAUGAUGACGAGGCAGUUGUGGAGGUUAACAUUCCUGGAAGCGAGAGCAGGGAAGCCAUUCUCCGGAAAAGAACUGCCGGUAUUCUCGACAUGGGAGGCGUGUCAACCCAGAUAGCAUACGAAGUCCCCAAAACUGAAGAAGUAGCUAAGAACUUGCUGGCUGAAUUUAACCUUGGAUGUGAUGUUCACCAGACUGAGCAUGUGUACCGAGUCUAUGUGGCCACAUUUCUUGGGUUUGGUGGCAAUGCUGCUCGUCAGAGAUAUGAAGACAAGAUAUUUGCCAACACGUUUCAAAAGAACAGGCUCCUGGGGAAGCAGACUGGUCUAGCUCCUGACACUCCAUACCUGGACCCCUGUUUACCCCUAGACAUUAAAGAUGAAAUCCAGCAAAAUGGGCAGACCAUGUACCUGCGGGGAACGGGAGACUUUGACCUGUGCCGAGAGACUCUCCAGCCUUUCAUGAACAAAACAAACGAGACACAGACUUCCCUCAAUGGGGUCUACCAGCCCCCCAUCCACUUCCAGAACAGCGAGUUCUAUGGCUUUUCUGAAUUCUACUAUUGCACUGAAGACGUGUUACGAAUGGGAGGAGACUACAAUGCGGUUGCGUUUACUAAAGCUGCAAAGGAUUAUUGUGCAACAAAGUGGUCGAUCUUACGAGAGCGCUUUGACCGAGGACUGUAUGCCUCUCACGCGGACCUCCACAGGCUAAAGUACCAGUGCUUCAAGUCUGCCUGGAUGUUCGAGGUGUUUCACAGGGGCUUCUCCUUUCCUGUCAACUAUAAAACCCUAAAGACAGCUUUGCAGGUUUAUGACAAGGAGGUGCAGUGGACCCUUGGAGCAAUCCUCUACAGGACCCGCUUUUUACCCUUAAGAGAUAUCCAGCAGGAGGCCUUCCGGGCCAGUCACGCUCACUGGCGGGGCUUCUCCUUCGUCUACAACCACUACCUGUUCUCCGGCUGCUUCCUGGUGGUCCUGCUCUCCAUCCUCCUCUACCUGCUGCGGCUUCGGCGCAUCCACAGGCGGACGCGCAGUGGGGCCGCCGCCGCCCUCUGGCUGGAGGAGGGCCUUCCCGCCCAGAAGAUUGCGGGAACCUUAUGA